AUGACCGAAAAAUUGUGCUUUUAUUUGUAUAGAGAUUCUGGAACGACGUCAGAUCAAUUGGUUCGAGCAUUAGUAGAUCAAAUUAAAAAUUUUGUUUUUUCUUCGACUGGUAUUUCAUUGUCAUCUCAAGGUAGGUUGAAAAAUAAAAAAUAAAAAAUAUUUAAAAAAAAAAGCUGAUAAUUUUUCAGGAUAUUCUGGAAUUCCGUUGGUCGGACAAAUUGAUUUAGAAUCAUCACAUGACGAAAUUUAUAAAGUGCUAAAUGUGUUAUUCCGCUUGUCAAUGGAAUUAGAGGGAUUAAUUUUCAGGUGGGUGAAGACGGAAAAAUGUGGGGAGAAAUUGGAUUUGGUGUCGGUUCUUUCUAAUUAAAUUUUCUCCUCUCUCCCCGUUUUUUUUGCAGAAUUGAAACACAAAAUAAUUCGAAAAACCCAUUUUAUGUCGAGUCGCUGAAAAAUGAUGUUGUACCGAAAUGGGCAACAACGAAUGAGGAUUUUACAAAUAAUGUGAGCACUUUUAUGGGGAUUCAGCAUUUUUUGCAUUAUUAGUAUAGUACGGAAAAAAAGAAGUGGAACCAAGAUACCGUAGUAAAGAAAAAUUUAUAGUUAUAUACAUAAGCUGUAUAAUCUGAAAAUUGUAGAUUGUAUAGUUUUUCUAAAAAUAGAAAGUGCUUGCACUUCUUUUUUAGAGAAUCGGAAAGAGAUUUUUUGGGGGAAGGGGAAAUUUAGGGGUUUGAAGGAAAUUGAUUUGCUUGACGAGAAGAUUUCUUGAAAAAUUUUAAAAUAAUUUCAUGAUCUUGAGAAAAAAAGUUUGUCACGUGGAUAUUUCUUCAAAAACAAUUAUAUCACAUGUUAUUUUCCUGUGAUCAUUUUAUUUUUUAAAAUGAUGAGGAAAAUUGUUUUCGCGAAAAUUCGAAAUUUCAUUGAAAUCUUUUGAUUCUUCAAACUACAAACCAGGUUUCUUAUGAAAAAUCAUUCAACUAGAAAAUAUAUUCAAAUUUUAAUUAAACAUUCUUUUUUCCAUUAUUCCGACCUCCCUCAUCCUAAAAACGACGAAAAAAAAAUGAAAUAAAAAGUCAACCGACAGCAACUCAUUUCGAUAUUUAUUGCAUUUCUCAUACAUACCUAACUGCAUUUUCGUUUUUUUUUCUGUCGAUUUUUUUUUGCUCUCUUCUUUCUUUCUCAUAUCAUGUUUCGUUUUUUUUCUUCACAGCAAUCUUUAUCUCUCACUGACCACAUCACAUCAAAAAAAAGAAUGUUGCCAUUACGUUUCGGAAAUGUUCAAUGGGGAGAAAAAAGAGACACAAUUUUGCACUUUAGGGAUUUUUGAGAGCAAGUGAACUUUUGGACUGACUCACUGACUGGGAGAAAACGUAUUUAGUCACUUUUUUCCUUUUUGUCCACAUUUUUUUUUUGGUUAAAGUUGUACACUUUUUCGUUCAGUUAUAUACAAUGGAAGUUUAGUACAAUUUAUUUUAUAAUUCGAUUAAAUUUUAUUAGCAAUUCAAAAGAAAAGAACAGCAGGUUUUUGGUUUUUUUCCCAACUUCAAAAGAAUAUAAAAAAUCACAUUGACUUCAAGUUGAACAUUAUCAAAGUGCACGAUCUUUUCCAAGCUUCCGGAAAAAAACCAAAAUUUUUUUUGCAGAUUUUCGGAUUUGCUGGUGUUCUACAUCUUAUAACUCCAGAGAUUUCGAGCAAGUAUCCAAGUGAAAGUAAAGUGAAUAUUAUUCGCAAGGAAUUUGCAAAAACUAGAAAUAUUUUGGUAACCGAAUCAAUUUGGCAGGUAAGAGUGUGUAUACAUUAUUUAUAAAAAAAUGACAGCCACAAAAAAAACAGCCACUUUUCCCCUCUUUGUUAAACCAGUCCUUCAUGAUCAUUUCCAUAUUUACCUCACCUAUAUUGUAAAAAGUUUACCUCAUUUUACUUUACUUUACUCAAAUUUUGGUAAUGUUUUGUUGGAAACGUCAGAAAAAACAAAAAGUGAGUUUAUUAUGGGCAGCUGUCAAGUAUCACGGUUCAAAAAUGAUUUAUUGAUGAUAUAAUAGACAGAUGUGUCUCAAUUUGUAGUUCUUUUCUGAAUGUGAGAUGGAAAAAAUAACAUUACUCUUUCCUGUCAGUUUUUUUGAGCCUCUCUUUUUGAAUAAUAAUAAAUUACCUUCGUUUGUUCUUGCACUUUUUUUCGACACAGAGAUCUGAAAGUCCAAAAAAGUAUUUUUUUUUUGGAAAGAAAAUUUAUGAAGGGAUCUGAUUUCUUUACGGAAGAGAUUUUCCGGAAUUUAUGUUUUGGUUAGCUAGAAAUUUUUGAAUAGCUGGCAGAAAUUCAUCAUGAAAUUGGGAGUUUUUCCAAAAUUCCUUAUGAUUUUUCUGGUCAAAACCAAAAGUUCUGCCAACUUUUUUCAAAACAUCUUCACAAUUUGUGAAAUUAAUCGUAAAACAGAAAUUGAUUUCAACUUCCAGAAAAUGUUAAAAAAAGCUUAGCACUAGAACUCAAAGAACCUCUCUCAUGUUGGAAAAAAAUUAGAGCCACUUCAGAAACUUUUUGAAUCCCAUGGGUCAUCUUCAAACAAUUCUUCCACCUUUUUUGAAGAUUAUUGAUCUCACUUUCUAUAGUUUAGUCAAACUUUCUGUUUUUUUUUGUAGUUUGUAAUUUUCUGAAAAUUGGUUUGGCAAAAUAAUGAUCAAAGAUUCCAGACUUUCUUAAAGAAUCCAAAUUUUCCAGAAACUUGAUCACGCAGCAAUGAUAGAUUUUGGAAUGCAUCGAACUAGUGUGAAUCUACCAUCAUCUUUAGCAUAUAUUGCUAAAGAGCGUCCUGAUUUGUUGAGCCAUUCGAUCCGCGAGUUUUCGCAAUUAGACGAUGAGCAAGUUAAAGUAAGUUACAAUAAGUUGCCAAGUCAAACAAUCAUUUUUUUCAGAAACUCGAGAGCAAACUAAACGAGAAUGAAUGUGUUAUGGUGCAUGUUUUAUUGAACGAUGAGGAUUGGAAGGUGAGCAAAAACGUAUUCAUUUUCAUAUAUUGUUUUUUGUUUGAGCAUAUGUACACUUUUUGGUCAUUUUUGUUUGAUCAAACAAAAGCAGGCUGUCAAAAUUGGCGUUCAAAAAUUUAUAUAUAUACAUUUCAAACAUCUUCAUUUUGUUUUGGUUUUCGAAAAAAUAUAUAAACAAAUUAUGUUUAUAAAAUUAUAAAUUCCAUCCACAAGAAAAUAUUUUUCAUUUCAUCUCAUUUAUUAUUUUCAUUAAUCAUUUGAAAUGUGCGUUUUUUUUCAGACAGUAACUGCAGUCGCAGAUAUCGAAUCUCCCGCUGACAUUGUUUCUUAUCGAGUUUCUCUUGCAUUGAUAGCAUUUGACGAGAAACAUUCAUCUAUUCCAAACGGUUUUGAUAUUCCAGUCACUGGCGCAUUUCAAAAAGUGGUUAGUUUUAAAAUUUGUUCCGCAUUUUUUUCAGAAUAAUGUGUAAUGUGAAAUCGAAUUUUGCAGCCAGAUAGAUUUGAGAGAGAAAGAAUGGAAGCUGUGAAUGCUGCAAUGUUUGGAAAACCACAUUCAGUUUCGCAUAUGUAUCAAAGUGCCAAAGCUUUGACUACAAGUAAACAUCAUUCUGAAUGUCGCAGAAUUUUUGUCGGUAAGAUACAUUUUACCAACAUUUUUUUUCGUACAAAUAUAUAAUUGAAUUUUAGAUGAAAACUCGUCGGCUGAUCAACAAUCAAUCUAUUCUGGUGAUGAAUCUGGCGAUGAAAGUUUUAAUGCAAGUUAUGCUAGAAAACAAGUAUUCAAAAAGAAGAAGAGAAGUGAUUUGGGCAAAAAACGUGAACUUGCUGCAGUUCUUCCAAAAUCAAGUGCACCGUGAGUUUGAAAACAAAAUAACAAAACAUUUAUCAAUCUUUGUAUUACAGAGAAACUCCUGGAAAAGAAUAUGAAAUUCCAAUUCCGACAAGUUCUGGACAAUUGAAAAAUUUCGAACGUGCAGUUAAUGGUGAUGAUGUUUAUCGUGAGUCGUCUGAAAUGGAUUCGCUUGGAGAAGAAGAAGAUAUGGAUCUUUUUGUGACAAAAACUAAAAAACAAUUGCUUGAAGCAAUGAAGAAAAAACAAAAUCAAGCGAAACGUGUCAUCUCUCCAGAAAUGCAACAAAAUGGAGAUCAACAAGCUGCCGAUUCUGAUGAUGGAUUCGAUGUGGCUGAUCUUUUGAGAGCCGCUCCACCACUUGCCAAAGGCGAUGACUUUGAUGAUAUUUAA